GUAUUUUUUUGUAGGAAAUGCGUAAAGCUUUUGAGGAAGAAUCCAUAGAGAAAGAAAUUCCAAGGCUGCUACUCACUUCCACAGGAGCUGGAAUCAUUGACAUAAUCGAGUCUGGUUACAAAAUCCCUGAACUGUCUCAGUAUCUUGACUAUAUUCAGGUCAUGACAUAUGAUCUCCAUGAUUCCAAGGAUGACUACACUGGAGAAAAUAGUCCCCUUUAUAGAUCUCCAUAUGACAUUGGAAAGAGUGCUGAUCUCAAUGUGGAUUCAAUCAUUACCUACUGGAAGGACCAUGGAGCAGCACCUGAGAAGCUUAUUGUGGGAUUUCCAGCAUAUGGGCACACCUUUAUCCUGAGUGACCCUUCUAAGACUGGAAUUGGUGCCCAUACUGUUAGUACUGGCCCACCAGGGAAGUACACAGAUGAACCAGGACUCCUGGCUUACUAUGAGAUUUGUACAUUUUUGAAUGAAGGAGCCACUGAGGUCUGGGAUGCCCCCCAGGAAGUACCCUAUGCCUAUCAGGGUAAUGAAUGGGUUGGUUAUGACAAUAUCAGGAGCUUCACAUUAAAGGCUCAGUGGCUCAAGGANAACAAUUUAGGAGGUGCUGUGGUCUGGCCCCUGGACAUGGAUGACUUCAUUGGUUCUUUUUGUCACCAGGGACGUUUCCCUCUGACAUCUACUUUAAAGAGAGAUCUGAAUGUACACAGUGCAAGUUGCAAGGCCUCUUAUCGAGGCGAGCUUUAGACAAUGAUUUGUCCUUGGAAGUUCAAGGUUUUCCCACGGUGGAUUCUGCAUCACACUUCCAUGGAGAAUAAUAGAACUAAGUUAUGGUCUUUCCUGAAUUGAAUCCCAGAGUGGUACUACGAUGGGUGUCUUGUCUGCUGUACCAGCUGGGAACAAACAAAAAAUAGUCUUUAUCUGUCAGUUUUGGCUAAGCUCUGAACAUCUUUUGCUUCCUAUAAAACCACCUUGCUUGUUUCUUGCUUUAAUAAUAAAUUCCAUGUUGAAAGCA